CUCAAAUAAAGGAUGCUAGAAUAAUCUGGACAUACCAAAGCUCUUUCAGAAGGUUUUUAGACUGUAUUUGAGUCUGAUUUGGAAAGUUUAUAAAAGUUUAAGUUAAAUCUAAACAUGUAGAAGACCAAAAUCAAGUUCAUAAGAAAAUUAUAGAAGAUUAUUUGAGAUAACAAAAGAUUGUUCUCAUUAAUAAAUACCAUAAGCUCAUUCAGAUGAAAUUCCAGAAUUCGAUUCUCUUGAGGAUUCAUGUUAAAUUAGACCUUCAAUGUGUACUAAUAAAUCAAACAAAUAAAGUUAAGAAAGUGAGGUGAAAUUAUUCGAAAAAGAAUUAAUAUAACCUAUGAAUGAAGAUGAUUAUUAAUUAAUAGUUAAGAGUGAAAAAGAGCAAUGCAAAUUGCCUCCAAUUAUGAUGAAGAAUGGGGGGUGUUACAUAGGAUACUGGUACAAAAAAAAACCUUAAGGUUAAGGAGAAUAUAAAUUCGCAGAUUCAAGCAGAUAUAAUGGUGAGGUAAUAGAACUUACAAUUAAAUUUAGUGGAUUAAUGGCUAUGCAAGUGGAAAAGGAAAAUUUUAUGAUGCAGAAGGUGGAUAUUAUUAUGGAGAUUUUCAUUUGAAUUAUAUGCAUGGCAAAGGUGUGUAUAAUUAUGUUGAUGGUUCGAUUUAUGAUGGUAGAAAUAUGUUUAUAUCUUAUGAAGGAUAAUGGUUGAAUGAUAAAUUCAAUGGAUAUGGGAUUGAAGUUAAAAGCGAUUCUCAUUACAAAGGUAUUUUACUAGAGCGAUAUUAGGUUAAUUUCGAAAUGGUUUGAAGCAUGGUCAUGGAAUCUUAAUAUUCAGUAAUAAAGAGAAGUAUGAAGGUUAAUUUAUGAAUGGUCAAUUUGAAGGAAAAGGAACCUUUGUAUUUUUGAUAAUAAUAUUAUAAGAUAUGGCCAGAUGGAAGAAGAUAUUAAGGAGAUUGGAAAAAUGGAAUGAUGCAUGGUUAAGGAAUUUUGUAGUGGCCAGAUGGUAUUUUCUAUUAUAAAGACUUUAGGUCGAGUUUAUGUUGGAUAAUAUGUAAAUGAUAAGAGAUAAGGUUUCGGAACAUUUCAAUUUGCUGAUGGUCGAAAAUAUUCAGGUUAAUGGAUGAAUGGUUUAUAACAUGGAAGUGGAGAAUUUACAGAAUCACAUGGAUAAAUUACUAAGGGAGUAUGGAGGGAAGGUAAAUUAUUUUCUCUUAUUUGA